GGCUGACAGGGUGUUUAUACAUGUACAGGAAACAGAAAGCGAGGCAGAGUGUGUGAGAGAGUGUGUGUCACACAUAAUACCAGACAUUCAUUACUCAACAGGAGAGGGAGAGAGACCAAAAGCUGCUGACAAAUACAUUAUAAUGAUACUUUGUGCUGUGGAUUUAAAGGUGUUGGGAUUAUCAAAUCACUGGAUUGUAACGCACAGGACGGAGCCUGAAGAUCAUGGCACAUGCAGGUGCUGUCUCAGCACUGGCUAACCAAUCACAGUACAGCAACUCCACUGUAUCAGAUUUGCCAGAGAGAUCCUCGGAGUACAGCGAUGCAGAGCUCGUGCUGCUGCUGGGCGCAAUGGCUAUUCUGGUUCUGGCCAUAGUUUUUGGUAACGUGCUGGUGAUAACGGCCAUCCUGCGGUUUAAGAGGCUCCAGAAAGUCACUAACUUCUUCAUUGCUUCGCUGGCUGUGGCCGACCUCAUCAUGGGUUUGGUUGUGGUCCCCUUUGGCUCCAGCUACAUCCUGCUCGGAAAAUGGCAGUUUGGAAACUUCAUGUGUGACUUCUGGACCGCAACUGAUGUGCUGUGUGUCACGGCCAGCAUCGAAACUCUGUGUGUGAUUGCUGUGGACCGAUAUCUCGCCAUCACCUCGCCUCUUCGAUACCCAGCGCUAAUCACCAGGACUCCGGAUCAACUGUGGUAGCUACUAGCUUCAUGUCGAACAGGGUCGGCCUUUGCA